AUGUUUUCAAAUUAAUUGAAUAGGAAUUAUCAAGAAAAAAAUAUCAAGAAAAAGACCUGGCUCAGGAUAGCCAAUUUAAACCAAGAAAUCGCUUUACCAAGUAGAAAAGUUUUAGUUUCUGGAAAUAAAAGAUAGUUUGUUUAAGAAUCUGAACAUCAUUAGAAACAAAGACAAUCAAGCAUUAAUUCAUAAAAAAAUCAUCAAAAUCAUAGUUACCUAAAAUCGUAAGUCAAUUUCAUUUAUUUAAUAUAGAAAAGCCCAUCUUAAUAAUAGAAACCUCCAGUAUAGAUUGAAAAAAAUUAAAUAUGAUGAAGUAAGAAUAAAAAAAACUUCAGCAAAAGGUAUAGUGAUUAAAAACAAAUACUUAAUUUUAUAGAAUAAAUUCUCUAAAUAAUUGUAACAUUAUAAUCGAAAACUUUGUUUAUAGAAACAUGUACUUUAAUGGUGUAAAAUUGAAAAGGGAUAAUAGUAAUUAGAAUUUAUCGACUGCAGCUAAAAUUAAAAAAAAAAUUAAAUUGGGUUGACGAGUAAUUGUCUUCAUAAAGGGAUUCACUUAAAAUGUAUCUAAUUCAAUAUAGCAAGAAAAAAAAAUUAGAAGCUAAAGAAGAAAUAGAAACCUUUUUAGUAAUAAUAAUAAUAAUAAUAAUGCAAAUUACAAAAUAAUAUCAAUAAUAAUAAUCAUCAAUAAGCAAGGUGUUGUAUCGAUUUCACAAUGACUUCUGGAUAAAAUGAUUUAUCCUCAAAAUGGAGUGGUAUUAAAUAUGAGUGGUAAAUCAAAUAAAUUUAUUUUAGAAAUAAAGAAGAUGGCUGUGGAUGGAUGUUGUAGAACACAAUUUAUCAAUUUAAAAAUGAGGUUAAUUGACUCAGAUCACUAAAUUGAUUAAGAAUUUAAUAGUAAAUAAAUAUUAUAAAUAAAAAUUGUUAUGGUUGGUUGUGAAUCACAAGAAAAAAAGUUAAGAGAAAAGGUAAGAUACUCUUAAAGUGAUUAUGAUUAUGCACUAAAAAAUUUAGUAAGAUGAUAAAAUAAACACCAGGAUAAUUAUAAUUUUUCUUAUAGGAAAACAGAUCAAUAUUUUAGUUUCGAAGGGUUUAAAAAAUAUUUUACAGAAAAUUCUGUGUUAGCAUAAAAGCUCUAUAUUUUUAUGAGAAACUAUGGUGGUUAAAAUUAUGUAGAUAUUCACACAUUUCUCACGGUUGGUAUAUCUUAAACAUAAAUUAUAGUUGAUCUAUUUACAAGAGUUUCAAUGAAGUUAUAAACUUAGAUAUAUAUAUAUUAUUCACAUUAGUAUCUUUAUCAAGUCUGA